AUGAGCUCACCCACCACCGGACAUAUCAGCACCAACGACGGUGUUCGUCUCGCCUACACGCAGACUGGUCCAGCGUCAGGUGACAACCUAUUAUUCAUUCCUGGCUGGAGGCAGACUGCGGCUCAGUGGCACAAGCAAGUGUCCCACUUCCAGACCUCAUACCGGGUUACGACAUUUGACUACCGUGGACAUGGCGACUCAGAUAAGCCUGCAUCAGGCCAUCGCAUCUACCGCUAUGCGGCAGACCUGCUAGAUUUCCUGACGCAACUCAAGCUGCGCCAGGUGCACAUAGUAGGACACUCGAUGGGCUGCUCCAUAAUUUGGGCCUUCUUUGAUAUCUAUCCAACUCAGGCCCAGGACUUGCUCGCCGGCAUCGUGCUCAUCGACCAGUCACCCUGCAUGAUAGCCGACCCAGCCUGGACUCAAGAGCAAGCCAAGCAGCUUGCGGCCAUCUUCUCGCCCAGCACGGCCUUCGAGCUGGGGAAGAACAUCGCGCCGGCCACGGCGGGCCUGGUCAAGGGCAUGUUCACGGCAGGCGCGGACGCCAAGGAUGUCGAGUUCGCGCUGGAGAGGAGCAGCCUAAUGAGCGACGAGGCGGCAUCUGCGCUUCUGCGGGACCACGCGUCCAAGGACUGGCGGGACGUGCUGCCGCGACUUGGAAUCCCCGCUCUGGUGAUCGCGGCUGAGGGGAGCGUGUUCCCCGCCGAAGGGGUGAGGUGGAUUAGCGAGCAGAUCCCUGGCGCAAGGUUGGUCACCUUUGGGAAGGAGGAAGGUGGCAGUCAUUUUAUGUUCUAUGAGAACCCGGAUAAGUUCAACAGCGCUGUCGAAGACUUCUUGAGGCGGUCUUGA